AAGGGAUAAGGGUAGGUCCGGAGGGGCGGUUACUUUCGACGUGUUAACCGGUGGGUUCGUAGUUUAGAGGUGUUGCCAGACUUAUCCCUCCGUCCCGCACUCUGGCACGGACUCGUGUCUUUACUCUCGCUGUAACACCAAACGUGUCGCCAUGACACUUCUCAUGGAUCCCUCCCAUUCCUACGCGUCUACCCUUAACGUGGCGCCAUCUCCUUCCACCCCUCACCGCCCUUCACCGGUAUAAGUUUCCACUCCAACUCCGCUUCCUGGACCCAGAAAAGCGAGUCGAGAGAGACAUAAACGUCAUUUCCUUUGCUUGCUUAGCGUGAGUAGUGUAACUGGUCCUCGGUAAGAGCCAAGAGAUGGCAACUCGGCAGGAGAGGGAAGAGCUCGAUGCGAAGGCGAGGCAGGGAGAGACUGUAGUGACUGGUGGGACUGGCGGGUUGAGCCUCGAGGCCCAAGAGCAUCUGGCUGAAGGUCGUAGCCGUGGAGGGCAAAUAAGGAGGGAGCAGCUGGGAACGGAGGGUUACCAGGAAAUGGGUCGCAAGGGCGGGCUCAGCACCAUGGAGGAGUCCGGAGGGGAGCGUGCGGCUCGUGAAGGGAUCAACGUCGAUGAAUCCAAGUUUAGGACUUAGAUCCGGAACCAUAUGAACGCAGGGAGCAAACUAAUAAGAUAUAGUUUUGUAGUAGGUAGCAGGGUGUACGUGUUGUCUGUGUCAAGCUAGCCUCACUGGGUCGAGGCUUUGUUUGGUAGUAAGGCUUUGCAGGUAGCUUGAGCCUCGUGAGUCUUUCUUUUUUCCAUGUAACCUACUGUUUUAUCUUAAUGAACUAAUAAGAAAUAGCUAAUAAUAUGUGAACUCGGCUCGUAUCUGAAUUGUAU